UUUCCCCCCAUUUUGUUCCGCCAAAAAACUCCUUCCCAAGUCGUGCGACGCCUCACUCGCCGACAACCACCGUACGCCACAUUCGCUGUACGGCGCCGCCAACAUCUACUUCCAAAUCGUACGACGCCAAACAUCCACAGCCACCAUACGCCCCCUUCUUGGUUCCUCCAGCACAUAACCUGUUGUUACCCAUCCAGUGGACCCACAAGAAACCAUGUCUGAAGAAAGCGAUGCAUCUACUGGAUGUUCAUAUUGUGUAAACUUCAAGAUGAAUAAUGAAGAUCUUGUUGAAGAUGCAUUUGAGUCAUUCGAAAUUGACGAUGAUGUGGUUGAAUUAAAUUCACUAGAAGAUGACUCUAUUUCUAUGGGGAAUAGGAAAAAGACAAAGAAGCGUAGGAAGACUUCAAUUGUUUGGCAAUAUUAUGAUAUUGUUCCUAAUAUUGAUCCGAAUGACUCAGAGGUAUGGGUAAAAUGCAAGACGUGUGGUAAUAAAUAUAGGGCUCGAAGUUCAUAUGGAACUGGAAAUUUAAGAAAGCACAGUAAAGUUUGCGGGGGGAGAAACACUCAUGAUGUUGGGCAAAUGCUCUUAGCUGGAAAAGCAGAAUCUCUGUCAUUUGUGAAUGUUCGUGAUAAAUUAAGGAACCUUUUUAUGGAGUAUAAUGCUUCUUCUAUAACUUCAAGUUCAAGCUCCAUAGCUGUUCAGCGGCCCCAAGUACCUCGAGUAACACAAGCUUGGGAAAAGGAAUAUUUAGCAUUUUGUGCAGUUGAUGUUAAUUCACAAAAGAAUCAAUUGGAAAUUUAUUUGGAGGAACCUAGGUCUAUGGAUAUGGAUGAUUCAUUUGACAUCCUUUCAUUUUGGAAAGGAAAUGAAUUUCGCUAUCCUAAAGUAGCUGCUAUGGCUCGUGAUGUUUUGAGUAUUCCUAUUUCUACUGUUGCUUCAGAAUCCACUUUUAGUAUUGAUGGACGUGUGAUUGAUCAAUAUAAGAGCUCACUCAAGCCUGAUAUUGUUGAGGCAUUAGUUUGCACUAAAGAUUGGUUAUAUGGAGAUCAAGAACUCACACAAAUGAAGUUGGAUAGCAAAGAAGAUGUUUUGACAACUGAUGUUAAUUUUUGUGACAUUCCAAAUUCAGCUGGAGCACAAUCUAUUAAUAUUUUUUAAAAUAAGCAUAUUUGUAGUGUUUUAUAAUUCAUAUAUUUGAUUGCAUGGGAUGGAUUAUGGAUCCUUCAAGUGGACAACACUAGGCAUAAUGGCCCAUGGGAACCUAAUUUGGAAUGAAUCUAAUGAUGAUAGAGUUUUGCUCUUUUUUUUU